CGGAGAACGAGCGGUGUGUGCGUGGUGUGUGGCGGUGGUCUGCGCGUUUGCGCCUCCUGGUCCAGACCCUGAUCAUCCGGGUCACCCCUGCAGCUGGGCACGCGCGGCACGAAUCCACGAAAAGGCGAGUCGCGCGAGGUACGAACGGUCGUCGGUGUUAAUUGGCGACACGAAGCGCCGACAGCAACGCGAACGAGAUAUCCAAACGAGGUGCACCUCCCGCGGAUUCGAGAUCGCGCGAUCGAGUGGCUCCGGGUGCAUAUCCGUCUGGUGCGAAACGGUUUAGGAGCUCGGGUUGCCGGUAUACCCGGCUUCGAGUGUCCGGCCUUGGGUGUUGCGUCUUGGGUGUCGGAUAACGACGAGUGUCGAAAACCGGCGCCGGGGAAGGGAAGACGGGACAGCGAUCGACGACAAUCGAUCAAAGUGUUGGUCCUCUCGGGUCAAUCCCGUGGAUUCGCGGUCCGGUGAUGGUGACAGUUGCCGAACGUGAGAGUGUUCAGUUCGAUCGUACAAGUCACGGAGCCUCUCCGAGAGAGGGAGAAACAAGCGGACCGAAUCCUCUCGCUUCUUCUCGCUCUUCUGGUUCCGCUCGGGAAACUGAUCGUACCCGAAGGGGCAUAUCUUUAGCGAGAAUACCAGAUAUCUAAGUGAUCGGAAUGCUACUGUGUCAGUAAAGGUCGGUGAUCGGGUGUGAAAAAACAGGAAAGGAGAAGGGGAAAUAAGAGAGCAAAGGGGAUCAGGCACGGGGGUGAGAACGCUCUGGGGGUGGGACGGUAAAAGUGUAAGCACGAGGAGGGUCCCGGGCGAACGAAACGAGAAACGAUACCCUUAACCGGUCGUGUGGCAUGAUCGGGAGAAAAGACGACAAGACAAGAUGCUCACGGUACAGCGCACGGAGUCGUUGAGAGGGGGAGAAGGCUACAACCCUCCCAGCACGCAUUUGCUACCCCCCAUCGCGUCCGCGGCUUCCGUCACCGGGUGGAAGCCCGCCGAGAGGAGCGUCUCCUUCAAUCGAGACGUCCACGUGAAGAGGAUCGGACGUGGUACACCGCGCGUAACCGCGGCUCUCGUGGGCGAUGGCGAAGGUAGGUUGACCGCCACCCCGGUACACAAGGAGAGCAUCGCCGCGAGGAGCAAGGAGGAUCUCGCGCAGGAGGCGGCUCUGGUCUUGCAGCAGGCGGGCACCCACCACUCCGUGGCGCACGACAACCGACGCAGCCUGCCCGGUCGCUUCAGCACUCUGCCGGCGCGUCGUAACAGGAAGCGUCCCGAAUUGCCGAUCGAUGUGAGACCGCGGCGGGGCAGCGAGGAGAUCGGUGCUACGACCGUGAGCGGCGCGGACCUCGGCACCCCACGGGCCAGGAAGAAGCCGCUCGAGAGGAGCGCCAGCGAUGCCAGCACGAAGAAGCUGAAAGGUUCGCUCACGCGCUUCUUCUCGCCCAAAUCGGAGAGACGGCACAAGCCGGUCGGCCGGAGCGCGAGCGACGCCGGCGCCUGGACGCGCAACGGCGCGCAGCGCAAGCGGAGCGGCAGCGAGAGCGAGGGCUCGCACCUGAGCACCGCGAGCCAGCGAGCGAAGAAGCAGCUGUCGCCGAUAAUCGAGGCGUCGCCCCACGUCGAUCAGCAGCCGUUCCACUUCGGCGCCGCAGAUCGCGAGAAUAACAACCGACCCGAACCGAAGAAGCCGAAGAAGCAGGAAGACGAGCGAAUGAGUCCAAUCGUCGGCGAUGCUGAUGAGGUGAUAUCACGGAGCAUCGACGCGAAAAAGACGAUUGAGGAGACGACUGAGAUUAUUGGCGAACACGCCGAUAAAGCGACCGGCCGAGAGGCCAAGGUGAUCGAGCACCACAUAUUCGUCGAGGGCAGGGACGACGAGGAGAAGAGGGAGACUGGUGAUCGGAAGAGCGCGGGGACCAGUCGUACUCCUUCACCGCCGAAGGACUCGAAACGCGGGAGAGACGAGGUUGACGAGACGAGCGCGAAUAGUAUGCUGCAUAACAGCCGCUACAAUCUUCAGCAACGCAACGAGGAAUCCACCAUUCACAAGAUGAUCCACCGAUUGUCCAACGAUCGUUCACCGCCACCGCAGCUGACCAGGACGAUGGUGUCGCCGUCGCCAGGUUUCGGACACAACAACAACAGGCCAUUCUCUUACACGAGACCAAACGAGUCCUGCAGCCCGCCGCCGCCGGCGCAGACCAACGUUAUUUACGCGCAGGUGCAGCCGGACAAGAAGAAGGCGCAACGCAGCCACUCCGACAGCGACGAGGGUCUCGGCCUUGAAAGGAAGGACUCGUCUCGCGAGAAUAGUCCUGCGGAGAAAGAGUACCGCAGGACCGACUACUCGUACAGCAGCGAGCUGCGUCGCAAUAACGAAAUUAAUACCUUCAAGUCGAAGUACGAAGAAGAACGUAUGAAUGGCAGUUUGCCCUUCGGCAAACACUCGAGCGGCAUGAAGGAUUUUAUCCCGAGGACCAGCGAGACUGCGAGGCGUCGCGAAUUCGACGAUAUUGAUCGGCGCCUCUACGACAAGCCCGAGAAGUACACCUCGACCGUGUUCGUGGACACUUCUGGUCGCGGCAGAGCUGAUGGUAUGGACUCCAGGCGACGGGACAGCGGCGAGUUGCGGCAGAACGAGAGCGGGAUCUCGCACAAAACAUCCGAGUUGAGUGCCCGACGGGACUUGCUCGAGUCCAGAAUCAAAUCCAGGCUGAUGGCCGACGAGAUGUUCGCCGCUGCCAAGAACAGCGCUAACGUACCGGUGAAAAAGUCGAGCGAACACGAGAUCAUCGACAAGCCGAUCGUGCCGUCGCCAGUCACGCCAAACCGGAUCGCGUCGCCGAAGCGGUACAUGGACACGUACAUCACGGAAACGCGCACCAAUAGCAACGGCGAGAAAUACAUCUUCGAGAAGGAGAUGCACGAGGACAACGGCAAGGUGUACGGCUACGAAAAGAAGAUCACCAACAAAAUCCCGGCCAACGGCUAUCUCGAGACGAAACCGAAAAAUGGCUAUACCGUGGAGACCAGAACGGACAAGUACGGUGACAAGUACAUCGUGGAGACGCGGACGCAUGAAGGUUACGCCGACAACUUCAAGCCGUUCCUUAGUGAUCGAAGUCGGAGCAGCCCGGAGGAACGCUUCCAGACCAUCAGGAAUGGCGGCAGCCCAUACAAAUCCUCGCACUAUCUGUCCGAGGAGACCACCAGGACGACGAAUCACAUCCGCGGCGAUUCGCGAGACGACGAGCUGUCCUCGCCGAUCAUCGCGAAGAAGCUCAACGAGCGCAAGUUCUCCAAGAGCGACGACUUUCUGGACCGCGAGACCCGUCCGAUCGGGCGGGAGACACAUUUGCCGAAGACGAAGAAGCCAUUCGAAUCGAUCCGUGGUAUGAGCAAGUCGACGCAGCGGCUGGACGAGGUCGGCGAGAGCAACCGAGUGCGAGCACUCAGGAGCGAGUACACCACGAGAUCGCACGAGAACCUGAGCAGCCGCGCGGAUUACGUGAACGCGCGAAACGCGAGACGCCCGGGUACGCUGAUAAACAGCCCGACGAUGAUAAACGGACGUAGGGAGAGAUCGCCGUUCGCGAAACGCCACCUGGACAGCCUGCGCGAGGGCCCGAACGACGAUUACGACACCGAUAUCUCGCAAAUGACCAACAGCCAGCUGGAGUCCAAGUACUACAAGGAAACGCGCACCACACACCAGAGAUACACGAGCGACGGCAAGCAUCCGAUCCACGACGAUUAUGACAGCUCGCCGCCGAGGAUACGCACCGACCGCGUUGGCGGCGGUGGCUACAACUCGAGCCGAUACGACUCGGACACCACCGCUCGGGAUUCGAUCCGCUGUGAAACACGCUACGAUGAGACAUCACGCACCCUGAGGAAAGAGCAUCGCAAGCUGGACGACGACCCGAAGAAGCCGCUCCGACGAUCGCGCAACCGGCUGGAUUACUUCGACGACUCCGACAGUCCGCGGGGGAAGGUGUCUUCGGCCAGCAGCCGGUUGGAGACGUUCAACGAAGGUCCGACCAGGCCGCCCAGGACGUAUCACGAGGGCAAGUCGAGGCACGCGAGGCAGGAGACGCGAACGCACACGGAGCGUCGUCAUCGCGAGACCAGGCUGAGCGAUCCGGAUCGCAAGGAUCGGCUAGCCGAUUCCGGGAUCGAGAACGAUUACCGAAGGGACUCGCAGGAGGCGGACAGGCGCGAACAGCUCGAGUCCGAGGACGAGGGCUUCGUUAGCCGACAGUUCAUCAAGCACGAGCGACGGCAUACCGAUCGUAACAUGAACCUGACGCCCGAGCAGCGCAAGUACGACAAGUACGUGGGCGACUCGAAGCCGGCGUUGGUCACCACGAAACCACCCUCCGGCGCCGCCGACAAGAAGUACGAGAAGAAGGCGGCGAAGAAGAGCGGCACCAUGAGCAAGGUCAAGCAGCUGUUCAGCAAGAAGGAGAAGAAGGCGAAGGAGGAGAAGGGCAAGAAGAACAUGAGGAGCGGCAGCAGCGGCGCCUUGACCGACGACGAAGUGACCAUGAGGUAUCGAGAGUAUCGCGGCUAUCAGCUGAGGAGCGCCAAGAGCGCACGGGAUUUGGGCAGCGACAUCAAUCAGGAGGACUACAGUCAACGCAGACGCUUAUCGACACCCAGCGGCAGCCCGAGCCCUCCCAGACCGACCAGACUCUCGAGAUCCACCGGCACUCUCACCAGGGAGGAAGAGUCCUUCUGCGAGUCGAGCAACACCCUGACCAGGGACAACCAGAGCCAAGAAGCGGAAAGGAAAGGCUGGUUCAAGUCCCUCUCGAGGAAGAACAAAUCUAAUGCUGCGUCGGUGGAUAAAAAGCCAAGAAUACCCGAGAGCGAGAUCUUGACGACCGGCACCGAGGAUGAGGAAGCUUCCUCCGCGCCCGAACGAGUUUCCGUGCAAAAGAAUCUCCGCUUCUUCGGCGAUACGGAUCAGGAGUCCGUCUCGUCCAACAGAGACCGCAGAAAUAAACGAAUCGACGACCACGCCUGCACGAGGCGUGAUGCCACGAAUUCAAACCGUUUGGGUAUCAUAUCAGGCCCAAGGAAACCCCCGAGACUUGCCGAGAGCGCGUUGUCCUCGGGCGAGAGCACGACGGGCGACAGCAGUCAGCAAAGCCAGAACUCUCAAAGAUCGCAGAGAUCUGUCGUAUAUCUCCACGCUGCUACAGUCGGCGAAAUACCUGGCCCGAACGAACGACGUAGGGCGGCGAGUCGCGAGGAGUUAAAUCGACCGUUGCAAUCGCACACGAGAACGGUGUCGAGAAGUGUGAGCGUCCUUGCCCCGUGGAAGCCGCGACACUACAGGGAACCGUUCGAAAUCAACUACGAUCAGCAACAGCACGCAAAACCGAUCGCGACCAUGAGACGCAGGCAGCGAAGCCGCGAGACCCUCAGCCGCCGAGGAAAGGAAGCCCGGAGAAGCAAGGACAAUCUGUCCAAGACAAGUACUAUUAACCGCAGCACCUUGAAAUCGAAGGACAAGCAGAAAGUGGAUAGAACCGUUUCCACGGAAUCGCUGGCCACCAAAUCGCGGGUUAUAGGCUCCAAGCCGGAAUUGAGCAGAUCCACGUCUGUGCCACGCGACCCGAAUAAAAGCGCGGGAUGGUUCAAGCUGAAGAGCAAGAAGUCUCGCGCCUGAAUUGGACGGCCAUUGAUCAAUGCUAGUCUCGAGUUUCAUAAAUGUAUUGUAAUUCGUAAUCUCGUAGGCGAUUAACAGGCGCCGAUACCCGGCGCGUGCGCGCUAAUUAAUAACGACGCGACUUAUCGUUAAUAUACAUCGCUCUUAUCUAUACUUUUUAACGUACACGUCGCCAGCGUCAGUCGCAAUCGCGCGAGAUUCUAAUUCUUUAACCGUUUAGCUCACAGCGCAAAAGUAUUGCUGCGGCACGUGUAAAUUUAAUUGCUGUUGUUAACACGCUGAUUGAUUUCGCGAGUUUAUGGAAUCUCCGCGUCGCCUGACGUAAAGUCUUAUGCGUAAUAAAUAUAUAUACGUAACAGAAUGAACACCCGUUCCCAAAUAGAGGCAAACAGGCACGCGCGAAGGAGCUUUGAAUCUAAACUUCAUAAAUUAAUAUUAUACUUUGCGUAUCAAAUAAAUAACACUCUCUUUGUAACGGAGAAGAUUGCAAAAGAGAUAUGCUCGAAUAUAAGUUUUUGAAAUAUAAGUUUAAAUAUGAUUUAUGUAUCCCAAAGGAGAAUUUUCCUCCUACAAUAUAUCAAAUAUUGUCUUAUUUUAA